AUGACAUCAGCAUUUCCUCCAGUGCCUAAACGAUUAGGCAUUUUGCGUGCCAAACAAAAAAAAGGACCAACCAUUGAACACAAGGACAGCAAGAUGGCAAAACGUGCGGCCGGCUUUCUCAUAUUUCGUCGGCUGCGCGAACGUAUCGAGUAUCUAAUGCUGCAAGCGUCGUACGGCCAGCAUCACUGGUCGCCACCGAAAGGGCACGUCGAUCCGGGAGAAGAUGAUUACGCGACAGCCCUGCGAGAAACGACUGAGGAAGCCGGCUACACCGAAAGUGACCUAAAUGUGCAUCGGAAGCAAUCGUGCACACUCGAGUACAAAGUGAAGGGACAUGAUAAGGUGGUCGUGUACUGGCUGGCGGAACUGCGCAAUCCUUCGCAGGAAGCGAAGCUGUCCGACGAGCACCAGGACAUGAAGUGGCUGGACUGUGAUGCAGCGAUCCAGAUUGCGGGCUACGAAGAUUUCGCAAAGAUGGUACGCCAAUUUGAUGCUAAAAUUAAGGCAAACGAGCUGUGAAUCGAAGGU